UGAAAAAAUCAUGGAACGUUCGUAUAUCUUCUUGUUCUUGCAUCUUUUCCUCUUCAUUUUACCCACAUUAUCAACAAAAUGCAUGUCAUCAUCUUUGCCUGCAGACCUCCCACUAACAGUCACCCUAAAUCACACAGCCAGAAUGGAAUCCAUUAGAAAUUUCAUGACUUUCAAUGGGACCCAAUUACUGAACCAACUGCUAAAAGUAUCACCCGAUGAGUUUCAUAGGAAUCGAACUCUUAGCAUCCCCCUUUAUGAUGUAAACCUUUUCGUGAAAUCCAACUACAAAGAUUGGCGUUCCCUAGUCAAAUAUACCUUAGCCAAAGACGCGAGAAGAGCCGCGUGGAUGGCUUCACAGAUUGCUGUGAAUUCGUUCACCGGCGAAAUUCAUCAAGAUGUGGUGCAAAUUCCGGUAUAUGAUGUGGAAGGAGCGUAUGCGACGAUCUUGGAAGUAGGGACACCGCCACAAAAAGAUGUUUGGAUAUUGGAUACGGGUUCAAAUCUCAUCUGGUGGGUUUGCAGACCAUGCAAAAAAUGCCCGGCUGAGAGUUUCGACCCUUCCAAAUCAUCAACCUUCAAGCGAGUGAACUGCGACGAUCUUAAAGAUUGCCCUCGAUGGGCGGGUUUCCAGUGCGGAUCGUCUUUCGGGAAAAAAUGCGUGUUUCAAACCAGGUACCUUGAUGGAACAAAAUCUCAAGGUUUCAUGGCGCGCGACAAGGUUUACACUAUCGGAGGCACUCUCAUGGAGAGUUUGAAAUUCGGUUGCUCGGGGGCUCAGCCAACUACUUUCCAAGGCCACCGGUACACCGGAAUCUUGGGAUUCGGCCGAGGCGACCUGUCUUUUGUAAGUCAAUACCACGCCAAAUCUUUCAGCUUUUGUUUGACGGAAUCAUUCUUAGGGAGUCCAGUGUACUUCGACAAGUUAAUAAUCCCAAAACCAACCACACUUAAGGUACCCCUUCUUUUAUACCUUGAAAAAACCUAUUCAACCCAACUUGUGGGGAUUUUUGUUGGGACUCAGUACGUGAAAGCUAACCCUUACCCUCCUGAAGAUAGUACUAUUAGAGCCGUUGUUGAUUCUGGAACAAAAGUUACAUGGCUCCCUACGGAUAUUUACUACAAGUUUCGGGACUUUUUCAGAACUAGUUUCGGUUUGCCGUAUCAUAGAGAUGAAGACGUAGAUCUUGACACUUGUUAUGAUCUUGGUGGCCGUGAUGUAACAACCUUGAGUGUUCCGACAAUUACAUUCAGUUUCCAUGGAGGUAAGGGCGAACCGAAACAGUAUCUGUCCUUGCAAGCCGCGCAUAUCUUGUACCCUAUAGAUCAUCGUACUUAUUGCCUUGGGUUUCUUCCGCAAGUGGGUAACCGUGAUUUUGUGCUCUUUGGAAGUUUCCAGUUGACGGGAACUCGGGUCACCGUGGAUUUGCAGUACCAUAAUAUGUAUUUCGAUGUUAACAGUUGCUAAAUCAUCCUGUUAGCAUUCGUUCAUUUUGAUCGAUGCUUCUUUAUUUUCAGAUUAUUAUUAUGAAAAAGGGACAUUUAUUCAAGUUUAGUUUUUCAAGGUCAAAUUAAAAUUUUC